AGAUACAUAAAUUUAACAGGGUUCAGUUGGCAACUGGCCUAGCCUCGCCUCGCCUCUGUGAGUGGGAGAAAAAAGAGCUAGGAUAUAUAGAUAACAGAUAGGAUAGGACCCUAGAACAAUAUUGUUCUGCGUUAAAAGCUAGCUUAUCUGAAGAAGCUCUUGUCUUGUGGAAGUUGGAAACCCUUGGCAUACAACAUAUAUACCUAUAUAUAUGUGUGUGUGUAUUAGGUCUCGGGGUUAUUUAGAGCGCUAGGAAGUUGCUUGUUCUUGAUCGAGUUUUGUUGUCAUGUAAUGAAAGCCAAUAAUACUGCUGCUUCUGUUUCCUCAGAAUCCAUACAAAACUAGGGUUCGUUUUAAAGGAUUGUUUGUGUAUAGAAGAAUAUCAAUAUCAUGUCAUCUGUGAUAGCACGAACAGGGCGGCAUCGGCAACGCUAUGAGAACAAUUUUCGCCUUGUUUCUGGGAGCCUGGAGGAGGAGAAGCAUCUCCAGGUGGCAAGUUCUAUGAUAUGUAUUCCUUACCGGAUAACAGAAGACGAUGAAGAUCAUCACAACGGCGAUAUUGAAAACAGGAUACAAGUUCUUAUGGUUUCAUCACCAGACCGUGAUGACAGAGUGUUCCCAAAAGGUGGAUGGGAGGAUGAUGAGACUGUCUUAGAAGCUGCUUGCCGUGAAGCCUUUGAGGAAGCAGGGGUGAAAGGAACACUAAGAGAAACUCCUCUGGGAGUCUGGGAGUUCAGAAGCAAAAGUAGCCAGAAAAUAGAAAGCCUGGAAGGAGGCUGCAGAGGGUACAUGUUUGCAUUAGAGGUCACUGAAGAGCUUGAGAGCUGGCCAGAGCAGCAAAACCGUGAUAGAAAAUGGCUAAACAUAAAGGAGGCAUUUAGACUGUGCCGGUACGAAUGGAUGUGUAGAGCAUUGGAGGAGUUUGUGAGAGUUAUGGAAGUCUCUGAUGAUGAUGAGGGUGGAAAAAUUGAGAUAGGAGGAGAAGAGAAAGGGGAGGCAUCUGCCAAUGUCAAUGUCAAUGCCAUGCCUAGUGUUCCUGCUGUGACAGAUCAUCAUGUGGUGGCUGAAUGUCAAAUAGUGUCCUCAAACUGUUGCAUAGAGAUAAAGCCUUCUUCUACUAGUCAACAACUGGUCAUAUCAGUUCAUUGUCAUGGCACCUGGCUCUCAAGGGGUUUGCCAUUGAGUCAUUGACAUGAAUUACUCACAUGAAUCAUGAUCACAUCCUUUCUUCCUGCCGGGCUUCAACUCUCAUCUCUCUAUGCCAUUGCCAGUAGUGUAGGCCAGUAGCCCCUUCAAUAUCUCAGUCUACUCCAUAAAUGUUUGGUCAAACCAUCUCAUUUUUAUCAGCUUUUAAAUUCUUCUUCUUUUUUUUCUUCUUAUAUGUAGUAUAUGUAGAUGCAUGCAAACUAACUUCAACUUGAUGUAAAAUAUGUAUUUUAUAUAUAAAUGUAAGCUACAUUU